CCGGUCCCGGAUCCUCUCGUCCUGCAGGACCUCCGCAUAGUCGUUUAGGCUCAGUCGUGGGGACUCCUACUUCUAGAGGAAACCUCGGCGCCAGACAGUCGGCUGGCAUAGGUCUAGGCUCAUCUGGGGGACCUGGCUCUCCGCCGAUUUCGGCAGCACGUGGCCUCCCUUUGGCCAGAGAUGCAUUGGGAGCUCUUGGAGGUGCAAAGGAUGCUGACGCUUUAAUUAAGGGUAGGUUAAAGGUGCUUUUGUUACCGUUUAUUAUGGCUCUCGUCCUAAGGGGGACAGCCUCAGCCAUAACAAGCGGGAAGAUAUGCGAACACCAAAAUAAACCUACCUCUAAUUUAAAUUCCACAGGAGUCGAGCCGAAUUCCGCAGGAGCAGCUACAGCCGCAGCAGCAGCCGCUAAGAAAGCAGCAGGUUUGAAGGCUAGGCAACAGCACAUGAUCGAUGACCCUUACGAGGGGAUCGAACGCCCCCUGAUCGACAACCGCCACUUGUUUCCCACUCGUGCUAUGUUGAGGAAGAUGGAGGAUGAAGUGAUCUCGCAAGGAACCGAAGUCGCCGAUGUGAGACCUCAUGUCUUGUCCGAGGAGCGCUCUCUCGAUGAGGUCAGCUACGUUGUGAUCAAAAAGAAGGAGUACAAUCGUCAAUCCUUGCGGCUGUUGAUGGAUGCAUGUGGGGUCAAGGAGAUUUCGGCGGAUGGAACUUAUCACUUUUUUCAAGAGCAGAUGAAUGCUGGCGCGGCUGGGGCUGCACCCUCUGCAAGCGCAGGCGCUGGAGCAGCAGCUAAUGCUUCUCUUUCUUUUGGCAAUAUCCUUGCAAGUUUUGGAAGUAAGAUCAAUGCUUCAGUAGGAG